CCGGAGAGAGGCAGGGCGAGCCCGGGCUAGCGGCGCUGAGCUGACCGUGGUGGCCCCAGCGCGAGCGUCCAGCCCACGAGGCUGCGUCCUGCUCCUCCCUUGGGCCUCAGAUCAGCUGACCCCGUCUCAGGAAGCCUUCCCCAACAGUGGCAGCGGCAUGAGUGCCCCUCAGCCUGCCAUGCCAGAGCUAAGCCCAGCGGAAGAGGCCGGAGGCCUAGCAGGAAAGGCUGUGGUGGGUGCCCGGGAGAAGGGCCCUCGGCUGGGCCAGCGGUUACCCUCAAUAGUGGUGGAGCCCAGUGAAGUGGGCACUGUGGAGAGUGGGGAGCUGCGUUGGCCCCCAGAGGGUGCCCAGAAGGGAUCCCCCCAGAGCCAAGCUGCUGCUGCCCCCUCACGGAGUCUGCCAGGAGCACCAGGGAAGGCUCCGGAUGACGCCGGCAGCGAGUGUGCCAGCUCCAAGGACGAGGCCCCCACGGCGCAGUAAUAGGACAAGGACAUGGCCAGAUUCUACUGUCCUGCCCACCCUGCCAUUGCCCUCUGACAGCUGAAAGGGCCUCAGCCCCAGGGUGGCCAGGCUGAUGCUCAGAGAGGACAGAGGCCAGCUACCAUCUCCGGCCUCACCGGGUCUGGCCAGGCCCACUGCCCCUGCCCCCUCCCGUCCGCGGCCCAGGGUCUGCAUCACACUCCUCCUUGUUCUGUUGUUUGAAGCAGAAAUAAAGGCUCUUCCUCGUGGUCAGUGGGCACAUCGGUGUGGACUCAAAGGGCUAAUAGCUAUUUUGGUUCUGCCAGUGGCCUUCAAGGCAAAGGCUUCGGCUUGGAGCCCAGGCUGAGCA